CAAAAGGCAAAAGCUUGCUUGCCCCUACGCGUCUACCCAUUCCAAGGCCACUGCCCACUGCUGUGUUGUAGCAUAAAGCCGGAAAGGGGAGAUGUCGCCGGAAAAAUUCAAGGAAUCCCACCUGACUUUCAUCAAGGAAACCGAGCUCACCCUCGGCUUGCCCGGAGAAUCAAGAAAGUCUGGCGUCAAACGCAGACGCUCCGACAAUAGUUCCAUUGAUUUCAGCCUAGGAGGAAGCUCUCUCACUACUGAACAUCAAACCAAGGUCGACAAGAUCUCCACCGCCACCAAACCGCCGGCAAAGGCGGCGCAGGUGGUGGGGUGGCCGCCGGUGAGAUCAUACAGGAAGAAUAUAAUGAAAAGUGCCAAAUUUGUAAAGGUGGCAGUAGACGGCGCACCAUACCUUAGAAAGGUUGACUUGGUGGCGUUUCACAGUUACCAACAACUGUUAACUUCCUUGGAAGACAUGUUUACAUGUCUAACUAUUUGUAACGUUCUUAAUGGGAAGAAGCUUAUGGAUACCUCAGACGGUACGGAAUAUGUGCCAACCUACGAAGACAAAGAUGGAGACUGGAUGUUAGUUGGAGAUGUUCCUUGGAAGAUGUUUGUUGAAUCGUGCAAGAGGCUAAGGUUGAUGAAGAGUUCAGAUGUUGUUGGACUAGCUCCAACAACGCCUUCAAAGUGCUCAAGAACAAGUUAAUUAGAAAGAUGUGGACAUGUACAGAUAGAGGCUUUUAGUAUGCCUGUUUUUGAAGAUUAUUAUGUUAUAUAUGUAUGUAUUUGCAUGUACUUUAAUAUGGUGUUUUGGAACACUUGAUUUGUAUGAACAAAUUAAAAGACGAUCGAAAAAGACAUGCAAUUAUAUCUAUUAUCGCUUAAAAAUAAAAUAAAUAAAUAGCAUGAGACGAUCCGAGGACACGUGGCUUCAUGUAUAUGAAGAAUUUUAGAGUAAUAAUGUUUUGUCCAGUUUCAGUUCAAACUCAAUUCAUGAUUGUGACAACAGAAGCUUUGUAAUGAAGACGAUGAUUGAUUUUACCAA